AUGUACACUUAUCCAGAUAUAAAUGCAAAACCUAAUAUGUAAGUCUUUGCCUAUUUAAUUGGAUAUUAAUAUUAGGACUGCUAAUAGACUUAAAGUAUAGAGCUUUAAAAUUCUACAGCAAAUUAAGGAUCUUUUACAUUUGAGUUUUUCACAACUAGUAAAGAUGACAUUACUUAUUUGAAAAUUAAUUAUGUUUUUUAUGAAAAUGAUAUAAAUACAAAUAAUAAUCCAUAUUAUUAUUUAUUUUAAAUUAAUGAUAAUUAAUUCAAAUAAAUUUCUAAUUCAAAAAAUCCAUUAAUUAAUAGUGGUUAUUAAUAAAUAAUGGCUCCGUAUUUAUUGGCUGCUAAUAAAAACAUUACAUUUAUUAUGAUUGGUCUUACUGGAUAUAUUUUAGGUUAAAAAUCAAACACGGUUAAUUUAGAGCUAAGUUAAAGUUAAAACAGUCUACCUACAAAUAUUAUCUUGAUUUACUCAAAACAAGGUGAUCCUAUUGUAUAUGGCUACACAAGUUCAAUUCUUUUUUUUCAAAUGAAAUAAUGUGAUAAUAAUAAAAUAAACUUUAAAGAUACUUGUGUUGAUUAAUGUCCUUCAGGUUAUUUUUAAUUAUUAGAUUCAUAAAGGCAAAUUCUCACUUGUCAAAUAUGUGAUAUAUCUUGUAUAACAUGUGAUAAAGCUACUGAAUGCUUAACUUGCAAUGAUAAUUAUCCUUACUAUUUAUCUGAUAAAAAAAUAUGCAAGUAAGAUUAUCCUACAAAAUAUGUUUGCAGUGAAUAAAAACCUGAUUAUUUAAUAGCUAAAUAAAAUUGUGUAAAGUGUGAUAAUUGUUUAGAUUGCAAUUCAUUAUAAUCAUGCUGCAAUUAUAACGACAUCAAUAGCUAUAUUUAAUUUUCAAACAAUAAUUGUGAGUGUAAAGAUAAAUUAACUAUGACGAUCGAUUUACAAAAAUAAAAAUGCUCCUUCAACGAUCCAAUAAAAAUGAAAAUCAACGAUUAAUAAAAUAGUUGUAUUUGCUAAGAUAGCUAAACUAUGAUAUUAAAUUUAGACAAAUCUUCAUGUGACUGUAAAGAUACUACAACCAUGAAAUUUUAUUAAAAUAAAUGUGUAUGUUUGGAUGAAAUCAAUAUGAUUUUUUAAGAAGAUAAAUGCGAUUGCAUGCCUAGCAUGUUUUUCAAUGUAACAAGCUCUAAAUGUGAAUGUAGAGAUAAAAAUGUUAUGUAAUAUGUUUUAUCAUAAAAAGGCUGUGAUUGUCCUCAAAACUCUAUAUUAGUCAAUGAUAAAUGCAUUUGUUAGGAUAGAUCGUAUUACAUGGAUUAGUAUCUAAAGAAAUGCAUUUAAAAUCCAUAAAUUGCUAAUUGCGAAAUACCGAAUGAACAACUUCCUCAAUGCUUAAAAUGCUAUUAGGGUUACAAAUUAGUAAAUGGUAUUUGUAAAUUCUGUGGAAAUGGAAAAUUCUUUGAUGAUGUCACAAAUGACUGCACAUAAAGUUGCAUCUAAUAUUGUUAUUUUUGCUCUAACAAAUAAGAUUGCAAAUAAUAUGAGGAUUAAUUCCCUUGCCAUUUUAGUUGCUAAAUAUGUACAAUUCCGAAUUCAUCUACAGCUUGUAGUUUAUGCAGUUCACCUACGAGAUAAUUUAAUUUAACAGAUAGUUCUUGCAAUUGCAUUUAUGGCUAUGAAGAAACCGGAUAGAUAGAUUGUUAGGCUAUAUAAUAAUCUUAUAGCUAAUCCUUUUUGACUCUUAAAACUGUUCUUCAUAAUUUAUCUUUUUAUAUGUAGCUUGUACUUGCGAUUACUCCAUUUUUCCCUUACAUUCAAUAUUCAUUUAUUUUACAACAAUAGAUAGGCUUAAUUUCAGAAAUAUUGCCAGAUGAUAUCUAAGAUUUGAGAAUAGAACUCUUGAAUGAAUAUAAUAACUACAAUUUUAAAUUUUUUGCAUUCAUGUUUAUAACUGCGUCAAGGUUACUUUCAACUCAAGUAACCUUCUCUGUUAUAUGGGUUUUCUUACAAUUAGAUUAACUCAACUCAAAUGUAAAAGCAUUAACUGCAGCUUCUGUAGAUAGUCUAAUAAUUAUUUUCUUUAUUGUCAGCCUAAUUUAUCAUUGUAAAGAGGUGUUCAAAUAUUUUCAACUCCAAAAAUAAUCUUCUCAUAUUUCUACAGAUACGAAACAUAUGCUAAAUGAAUCAAUAAAUUUUUAAAAAUCUUCAAGCAAUAACUUUUUGAUUAGAGAUAUAAAUUUAAAUUAAGGAUCUGUAAACUAAAACUCUCUAACUGUUGAACUUGAGACUGGAAAGUAAUACAAGAAUCCUUCAAUUUUGGACAUCACUACAAUAGCAAUUAUUUUAAUUUUUUAAUCUUUUACAAUAAUAAAUGCCUUAGUUGUAAUAUACUUAAAAAUAAAAGCCAUAAUAAUCCGACUUAUUUGUAGUAGAACUAAUAAAUCAAACAUAUAAGAUAAUGAUUAUAUGAAAGGAAUAUUUCCAUAAAACAUGGACAUAAGUAUAAUUGAUUAGAUAUUGUCUUCAAAUAACAAAUUUACUUAGAAAUUUGUCUAAUACAGGAAAAAUUGA